AUGGGAGCAACUUUCUCCCACCGGCUCUCCGCCCAGUGGUCGCCACGGCACGGCAAGCUGGAUCACCUCGCACUGAAACUCCGGAAUGCGGGGAAGCUCGAUGUUCCCUACUGGGUGUGUGCCUUCUCCGUGAACCAGCAUGCAGGAAUUUGCGCCACACCGCCGCCCACGGACACUACAGGAUACCCCAUCAUUCCCUGUGAGUGUACAAGGGCGAAGCACCUUUCUGGAGAUCUCAGCGAGAUGAACAAGUUCGACGACAUGAUGGCCUAUUUGAAGAAAUACCUGCGCGAGAAGUCCAUCCGGGAAAGCAGCCACGUUCGGCUGCAGCAGGUGGUGGCAAUGGAGGUCAACUUUUCCCUGCUCACGCGCGUUUGGUGCGUUGCCGAGCUCGUGGAAGCGAACAACCUGCAUCUGACGCAAACGAUCAAGCUCCAUUCGGGGGCGUCGCAGCGGAGCUGCCUGGACAAGAUCAUGAACCUGGAUGUGGCGGAGGCCCAGGCCUCCUUCCCAGCAGACAAAGAGCUAGUCCUCAGCAAGAUUGAGGACAUCCCCGCCUUCAACAACAGGCUGCAGAACCUCUUACUUCACCGCUUGGAGGGAUUCCUGGGCAGCAGGGCCGAGCGCGCUGCGAAUUGCCUGGAUGACGUGGUCCUCGCCGUCCUGCAGGUGAUGAUGUGA